CAAGCGCGAUUAUCCACACAAUUUUUGGGGUAUAAAAAUCCAUCCUAGAGACAAGGCCACCUACAAAAUCAACGAGUGUUUACAAAUGGAUCGCACAUGAGUCUAUAAAGGGCUUGACCAGUCAUAGGCCCCAGCACAAUAAGUAUAUAUUAAGAUGUCGUUCGUAUUAAAUAUUUGUACUAUACCGUAAUGCGGCGAUCUUUAUCAUUUUAUAUUAUUCAAAGCACUAAUUUGCACUUUGAAAGUCGCAAGAGUCACUUGCUAAGAUGGUUGCAGCAUUGAUAUGAUUAUUAUAGAUGUUUUUGGUAAUGAAGAAAAAUGAAGGCAACGAGAAAAACCGUCGUCAGUGACAACGCACGCUUGCACUUGCCAUAAGCACUCAAGUCCUUAGCUAGCUUUAACCCAUCUCCACUACCAUUACUAGAAACCCAUCCAGUAAAACUCUAUAAAUAGAAACCCUCCUUGGAUCUCUUCUUUCCUCAUAUACACUCUUACACACCGCGUUAUCUACUACACUACAAUUGCAACUCAUCUCUCUCCCUUUCUAUUGCCUUUCUAUACAUAGAAACUAGUUGCAACAUACUGUAACUGUAAUGGCUAAGUUGAGCUUCUCCUUAUGCUUCUUGUUGUUUCUUCUGCUAACAUCAGUCGCCAUGGGAAGCCGUCCUCUUGAGCGGGCUCCAGUAGGGGUGCAGGUGAGAGGUCUAAACCAUUCUAUUAAGGCUAAGAGCGCGACUGCACUGGAUGGUCAAGCUUUAGGUAGCAGCAACAGCAGCCAUGGAAAAACUCCAGAGCGGUUAAGCCCUGGAGGACCCGACCCGCAACAUCAUUAGUUAUUUAGGAUUUCCUUUAUAAUCAAGUGAGUUGUUCUCAAUUUCUUUGAGAUUUGUAUUUCUUAUCAAUAAUUUGGUUGCAAUGAAUCUGUUUUUUUCUUUUGUAAUAGAAUUAUGAAUUUGGGUUUGUAAGAUUAUUACAAAGUAUAACAGUUCUGUUGAUAUAAUAUUUGAAGUUUCGUUA